AGAGAAGACUGAGCUUCAGCUGAAUUUAUUUUUAUUUCGACAAGUUUUUACUGUGAGAGAUAUGGAUUUAGUGCCUCCGUUGGCCGGUGUUCAAGCAUGCAGCAUGCAGAUCCCAUUGGACGACGACUGCGAGGGCCCGCGCGCGCCGCUCCGCCGGCAGGUCUCAUUGGACGAGGAGCGCCGAGACGAGUGCCGCGGCCACUGGCGGGGGGACCACAUCCGGGGUGAAGAGGAGGAGCGGGGGGUGAGGCUGUUCAGAGCCAUGCUGCUGCAUCACCUGAGGCUGGAGCAGCUGAGGCCACCGCCCUGUAUUGUGGCUGGGGCGGUGCAGGAUCCCAGAGGCUGGUGGAUGUACUGGCGCGACUGGCGCUGCCUGGAGCGAGCGGCGCUGAAGUUCCGCCGCUCUCGGGCGCGCGGGCGGCUCGCGGCCCGGGCGUCGCAGAUUGAACUGCUGCGGCUCGAUGAGGUGGAGUUUGAGGAUAUCAUGCAGGAGCUGUGUCAGGCCUGCGCCCACAUAGAGCAGCGAGCGCUGGUCGUGCUAGCCUUCCUAUGCGAGGUGUGUGCGCGCGCGGUGCGGCACGGGGGCUGGUGCCGCGCCGCCGACUGGGCCGCCAGCCACGUCGCGCACUGCGCCACGCCAUGGGCCAUCAGACAUGGCGGCUGGAGUGCCGUGGUAGAGAAAGCCGCCGGGACGAGAAGGGAAGAAAACACAUUCAUCGCCGGCGCAGCGCUCGCCGUCUUACUGGCCUUCCUAGUCUUCUGCCGCACCAGGCUACGACAUUCUAUUGUUUAGGCCAGGUCUUUGGCCUAUAUGAAGUAGAAUUUAAAAAAAAAGUCCUCGAUGGCAAGAAGGAGGUCACAUGACUGGGUUGUAAAAUCUUUGAUAGGUCGGAAACUCUUUCGAUAAAAAAAUAUCUGCCAAAAUUCGGUCUUAAAUAUGCGGAACAAGAAGGUUCGGCGUCCAAACAUCUCAGAACGAUAACUCUAUUGUUUUUAUUAUGUCCUUCUUCUUCUUUGUUUCCGGAUGGCCAGUAUGUACCUAAGUUAAUAGUUUGUAUAUAAGGUAGG